UCAGUCACAAAGUGGGCUAGAAGCUCUGAUAAGGGCCCUGAUGUGGAAGACCACAUGGAUUUGAGCAAAGCUGUCUUAAGUCCUAGAAGGACAUGACUGGAACUAUUCAGUCCCCUGAGUGGUGCUUUCCAAAUGCCACCGAGGGGGUCAUAGCUACAUAAAUAAGGUAUAAAGAGAACUCAUUGGCUGCCGGAACUAAUAAUCUUGGUGGCUUUUCAUCUCUGCCAGGCCAGUCAUUCCCAAAGACCACUGAAGCACCAAAGAUAGCCAUCUUGUGACUGUGACCAGUUGCCUGCCAACCAGUUCUUAAUGUCCUGAACCUCGGCAGGAAGCCACGGGAUCUAUAAAGUCCUGUCCAGCAGAAAUGAGUCUGAUUGUCGAUGGUCUGGUUAACCCAGAUUGCCUUUGGUGCCUGGGGGAGUUGAUAUUUUCUCAUUAUGAAGACUUUCCCAUCUAGUGAAUGCUACAAAUAAAAACUGCUCCGAAUCAGUCUGAACUGCUUGUUUCCGUGGUAGCAGGUCUCUGUCUGGAGGAUAAAUCUGCACCAUCUUCCUUUUUUGGGGUUUCAGCCAGUUGUGUUACAAGGAGUUCUGAAUGUGCAAUACGUGACACCCGAUGGGCUGGGCUCCAGCACUGGGAGAGGGAAACCUGGUCACCAGUGGGAUUCGCAUCCUCGGUCAGACAGUGGUGUCCGAGAGAAAGCGAUCAAAAACAUUCAGAAUCCACAUGCCUAAAUAUUUAUUUUGGUUGUUCAUGUUUCCCACCUUUUUCAAACGUGAACUUAUGUCCUGAAGGUGGAGCUUUAGCACACAGGAAAAUUGGAAUGGGCCAAAUGUGUUUGUACCAAACAGGAUAGAAUCAGCAAAGAACACAUUCAUAUGCUUCCUAGUCCUCUACAUUUUUCAUGCCAAAAAAUAGGCACAGAUUCUGAUUUCUUUCGCCAUAGGAGCCUGCAUACAAUUAAAUGGGAGAGAAAAGAAGCCUGCUCUCAAGAGUGGGGCUUAUGAUCCCAGUAGAAUGGCAAGAGACUGUAGCCAUCAAAGCCACUUAUGCUUCUUGCUGGUAGAGUUUUUUAAGAUGCUGUUUCUUUUUCAACACGAGGCAGCAAUGAAUUGAGUAGUGAUCAAAAUGCCGCACCACAGAGUAUGUUUAAUCCAAAUAGCUCCCAAGAUGGUCUGCUCCUGAUUGUACCAACUCUAUGGGACUUCAAGAAAUUACUUGGUUACCAGUGAAGUAAAACUAUCUCCAGAAUGGAAUUGAACUGUUGCUUCUCACAACAACAUUGCCACAGCCGGCUCAUGAAGGCAGUGAAGAUCAUUGUGUUUCUUCACCAUUCACGGGGAACGCUGUCAAAAUAUGGGCACACACAUCCCCUCCUAUGCUGUGAAGGGUUCCAUGAGCUACUGCAGAUGCUUCCAAGACACCACUUUUUCCACUGUCAGCAGUGCAAAAAUUCUUAAAACAUUUCAGGUGGGAAGACAGUGCAGGGAGUGACGCCUGAUUAUUUUGGAGCAGAGCGUGUCUGAUUAGCCUCGCCUAAAGAUCUCCUGAUUCACCUCGAUCUGGUAGCUCUAGGUCUUUCCCUUGCUCCUCUUCUCUCCUCACUGGCACCCCAACCGCCGUCACCGCAGCAGAAAGAGGGACCUGACAGCUUGUGGGAAAGCAUGUGCUGCCUCCUGGCAGGCAAAGAUAAUGUUAUCCAAUUUCAAACAAGGAAAGGACAAAUGGAAAGAUGACCACUUGUGAAUUCAAAGUAUGAGAGCUACUGCCGGGAUGAUGUGAGCCUUUAACUGCACGUCCAGAUUGGAAACCCCAGUUCCUCUUGUGCUUCUUGCUUCCCCUCACCCUCCUUUGCUUUAGCCUUCCAGAUCAAUCUCCUCCUGCCCUGUCCCUCAGCACAGGGGAGAACUUGGGGCACUAUGGUAGAAGUUAACACCUGCAACAGCUGCUCCUUCAGAAGGACUCAGCUUCUAGACGAAGCACAGGCACCCCACCCCACCCCCAAACCGAUUCCAUCUAGAAUUGUGAAACUGGGAGGGGAAGGAAGAAAGGGGUCGUGACCAAUUACCCUCCCUGGGGCCUCUGGUCUGGAAAUGGCCUGGAAAGGGUCACAGAUCCUCUCUCAUGGGGUGCACCGGGUUCUCGGGGUCCCCCUGCUGCACCCCCGGAUCACCUGCCAGAUGGUAAGGUGCAGCUGCCUCAGAGCUGGGAGGUAUCUGUGCAGUCUCUGAGGCUCCCUUCUGAGAAAGCAUGAACCUACACACAGGUGUGCAAUGAUUCAGAUAGUCACUGAGCUCCAGAAGUUCUUGGUGGUUUGGGGGGCAGCCCAGCUGGUAUUUGCCGCCUUGGUGGGUUGGUGGGACCUCAGCGAGUCCAAAGGAAAGAGGUGCGAAAGAGGGAAACAGAGGGAGCGCCUCUAGGGAAAUAAGGGUACUUGACUCUGAAGUCUGGGCUGGGAGGUAGGUGGGAACAUUUAACUUGGGGAACUUUUCUGUCCCACCUGCUGAGAAUGCUCUCCAGGUAGUUCCGUAAAGACCACAGGUGGAACUUGGCUAGAGAGGGCGGUGUAAGCGGCCCUGGAGCUAGACAAGAAUUCGAAUCUCACUUCUGCUGUCUGCCAGCAGUAGGACCCCCGGCGAGUUCCGCAACGUCUCCACCCCUCCUAACGAAAUGGGGCUGAUUAUAACAAGUCACUAACAGGGUUGUUAUGGGUAUUAAAUGAGUUUUAAUCCACGUAAUGAAUUUCAAGCGGGACCCGGCACGCAGUUUGCACUCAAUAAACAUUAGCCAUGAUCAUUCAGGUUAGAUGAUGAGUAGAACUUGCUAAGUGCUAGGUUUGAAAGCCUGGGUCUCCGUUGCCAAGGGAAAUGAGAGAACCUCCUCAAGUAUGGGAGCUCCGGCCCCAGGGAUUGUCCAGAACCAGAAUCUCGGCGCCUGCCUUUCCUCCACCUCACUCCUCUGACCCGGGGAAACCCAUCUCCUGUCACAGGGGCGCCUCUGUUCCUUGAGCCUCGGGCUUGUCAGUGUUUCCCUCUCUCGCGCUCCUCCCCAGGGCCUCCCUCCCGCCGCUCCACACCUGUCAGCAGCCCUCGCAGCCUCCCACUGGCCCUAGCCCCGGGCCUCAGCUGCAACCCUUUGGCGGCCUGGGUCCUAGUUCCCCGAGCCUUGCGCAUCUCUCCGCGCCGCUCUCGUAAACAAAACCCGAGCGUUGGAGCAGCCCCGCGGGCGGACAGGCGCCGGAGCCAGCUUGGUGCGCUGUUAGCGCGCCCCGGGAGCCCCGGGAGAGCUAAGGGGCUAUGGUGGUGGCGGCGGCAGGCGGCUCAGCUUUGUUAUGAAUAGAUGAAAGAGGCCACCUACACAGUAACCCAAAUUACGAGACCUCCCUCCUCCCUAUCUCACCGAAUCAAGAGGGGAGGGGAGAUGGGCGUGGAGGGAGGGCGGGCGGCCAGGAGGCGGAGGGAGGAGGAGGAAGAGGAUGAGGAAGGGGGCCAGUUGCAUCCCACUUUCACAAUGGGAAAGUGAAACGCACAAGCGCACCCAACCUCUCCAGCCCUCCCCGCCUGCCUAGCUCCCCUCCGCCCGUCCCCUCCCUUCCCCUCCGCGCCUCCCCUCGAGCGCCAGCAUUGCACAGAGGAACUCUCCGGAGAAGGAGGGCCCGGAGGAAGCGGCGCCGGAGCGCGCAGGGCUUGCCGCCGCCGCCGCCGCUGCUGCACAGGCUGCCGGAACGAGCCCGCCGCGCGCCGCCCUCCCCGCUCUCCUUCCCGGGCGAGCCGCGGGGAUGGGGCGGCCGCGGGAACCCGAGCGCGCGCAGGAGCCGCCGCCGCCCGCGUCUCACUCACCGCGCGCCUGAGCCGCUGUCGCCGCCGCGCGCCCUGCCCGGGGGCGGCCCCCCCCCCCACCCCGCCACAGCCCCAUGGAGGUCUCCUGGAGGAAGGCACCGCCGCGCCCCCCGCGCCCCGCAGCGCUGCUGCCGCUGCUUGCCUAUCUGCUGGCGCUCGCGGCGCCCGGCCGGGGCGCGGACGAGCCCGUGUGGCGGUCGGAGCAAGCUAUCGGAGCCAUCGCGGUGAGCCGGGAGGACGGCGUGUUCGUGGCGAGCGGCAGCUGCCUAGACCAGCUGGACUACAGCCUGGAGCACAGGCUCUCGCGCCUAUACCGGGACCAAGCGGGCAACUGCUCGGAGCCCGUCCCGCUGACGCCCCCCGCGCGGCCCCGGCCGGGCAGCAGCUUCAGCAAGCUGCUGCUGCCCUACCGCGAGGGGGCGGCCGGCCUCGAGGGGCUGCUGCUCACCGGCUGGACCUUCGACCGGGGCGCCUGCGAGGUGCGACCCCUGGGCAAUCUGAGCCGCAGCUCCCUGCGCAACGGCACCGAAGUGGUGUCGUGUCACCCGCAGGGCUCGACGGCCGGCGUGGUGUACUACGCGAACGACACCCAGAGCUGGUACUUGGCAGUGGCCGCCACCUAUGUGCUGCCCGAGUCCGAGACGGCGAGCCGCUGCAACCCUGCGGCGUCCGACCGCGAAACGGCCAUCGCGCUCAAGGACACGGGGAAGCGCAGCCUGGCCACGAAGGAGACGGGACGCCUCAAGCUGCGCGACGGCGGGGGUAGCCUGCACUUUGUGGACGCCUUUCUCUGGAACGGCAGCGUCUACUUCCCCUACUACCCCUACAACUACUCGACAGGCGCCGCCACCGGCUGGCCCAGCAUGGCGCGCAUCGCCAAGAGCUCCGAGAUGCUCCUGUUCCAGGGCCAGGCGGCCCUCAACUGCGGCCACGGCCACCCAGACGGCCGUCGCCUGCUGCUCUCCUCCAACUUGGUGGAGGCCCUGGACGUCUGGGCGGGCGUAUUCAGCGCAGCCACCGGAGAGGACCAGGAGAAGCGCUCGCCCACCACCACCGCACUCUGCCUCUUCAGGAUGAGUGAGAUCCAGGCGCGCACCAGGAUCUGCCGCUGGGACUUCGAGAUCGAUAAUAACGAGAACCACUGCAAAAACGAGGAUGAACCUGAAAAAGUCGAACCGAUCGCAUCAUCUACCUUGAUCCAUUCCGACCUGACAUCCGUUUAUGGCACCGUGGUAAUGAACAGGACUGUUUUAUUCUUGGGGACUGGAGAUGGCCAGUUACUUAAGGUUAUUCUCAGUGAAAAUUUGGCCUCGAAUUGUCCAGAGGUUAUCUAUGAAAUCAAAGAAGAAACACCUGUUUUCUACAAACUUGUUCCUCAUCCUAAGAAGAAUAUCUACAUCUACCUAACAGCUGGAAAAGAGGUGAGGAGAAUUCGUGUUGCGAACUGCGGUAAACAUAAAUCCUGUUGGGAGUGUUUAGCAGCAACAGACCCUCACUGCGGUUGGUGCCAUUCGCUACAAAGGUGUACUUUUAAAGAAGAUUGUGAGCAUUUAAAUAAUUCAGAAAACUGGCUGGAUAUUUUAUCUGGAGCUAAAAAGUGCCCUCAAAUUCACCUAUUUCGAAGCAGUAAAGAUAAGACGACAGUGACGGUGGUGGGAAGCUUCUCUCCGAGGCACUCCGAGUGCGUGGUGAAGAACGUGGACACAGGCAGGAUGCUCUGCAAGGGUAAAAGUGUGCACAAUGAGACCUGCGCCUGCAUCAUCCCGACCAGGACAGCUUACAAAGAUGUUUUAGUUGUCAACAUGACGUUCUCAUUUGGUUCCUGGCGUGUGUCAAAGAGAUUCAACUUUACCAACUGCUCAUCAUUAAGAGAAUGUCCAGGAUGUAUCCGAACUGGCUGUGCCUGGUGUAAAAGUGAGAGAAAAUGCAUCCACCCCUUCACAGCUUGUGACCCUUCGGAUUACAAGACGAACCAGGACCUCUGUCCAGUGGCUUUUCAAAAAUGGACACCACCCAAAACAGCAGGAGGAGGAAGAUUCAAGGAGAAUAUGAGUAAUAGAACCACUUGGGGCUUGCAGGUCUUCUCUGUUACGUCCAUUGAGCCACAGAAAAUAUCGACCUUAGGGAAAAGUAAUGUGACCGUCACGGGAGCAAACUUUACCGAGGCAUCGAACAUCACAAUGAUCCUGAAAGGAACCAGUACUUGUGAUAAGGAUGUGAUACAGGUUAGCCACGUGGUAAAUGCCACCCAUAUGCAGUUCUCUCUUCCAUCGAGCCGGAAAGAAAUGAAGGAUGUGUGUAUCCAGUUCGAUGGCGGGAACUGUGCUUCGGUGGGACCUUUGUCUUAUGUUGCUCUGCCCCACUGCUCCCUCAUAUAUCCUGCUACCACCUGGAUCAGUGGUGGUCAAAAUAUAACCAUCAUGGGCCGAAAUUUUGAUGUAAUUGACAACUUAAUCUUUUCUCAGGAGGUAAAAGAAAAAAACGUCUCUGAAUAUUGUAUGGCAAAUUACUGCAGAUUUUUAGCCCCCAGUUUAAAGAGUUCGAAAGGGCCUAUAAAUGUCACUGUGAAGCUCAGAGUCCAGGAGACCGCCUUGGAUUGUGGAAGCUUGCAGUACCUCGAUGACCCCAGAUUCACAGGGUAUCGAGCUGAAUCUGAGGUGGACACAGAAUUGGAAGUAAAAAUUCAAAAAGAAAAUGAUAACUUCAACAUUUCCAAGGAAGACAUUGAAAUCACUCUCUUCUAUGGAAAAAAUAAGUCAUUAAAUUGCAGCUUUGAAAAUAUUACUAGAAAUCAAGAUCUUACCACCAUCUUUUGCAAAAUUAAACACAUCACUGCUGCAAACAGCAUCGCCACCUCUUCCAAGAAAGUUGAUGUCAAACUGGGAAACCUGAAGCUCUCUGUCGAACGGGAAUCAGUUCUUUCCCCCUGGUAUUUUCUGAUUGGGCUUCCCAUCUUGCUAGUGUUUGUCAUUUUUGUGGCCGUGGGGGUGACCAGGCACAAAUCGAAGGAGCUGAGCCGCAAACAGAGCCAACAAUUGGAGCUCCUCGAGAGCGAGCUCCGGAAAGAGAUACGUGAUGGCUUUGCUGAGCUGCAGAUGGAUAAAUUGGAUGUGGUUGAUAGUUUUGGAACUGUUCCCUUCCUUGACUACAAACAUUUUGCUCUGAGAACUUUCUUCCCCGAGUCAGGUGGCUUCACCCACAUCUUCACUGAAGAUAUGCAUAACAGAGAUGCCAGCGACAAGAAUGAAAGUCUCACAGCUUUGGAUGCCCUAAUUUGUAAUAAAAGUUUCCUUGUUACUGUUAUCCACACUCUUGAAAAGCAGAAGAACUUUUCAGUGAAGGACAGGUGUCUGUUCGCUUCCUUCUUAACCAUUGCCCUGCAAACCAAGCUGGUCUACCUAACCAGCAUCCUGGAGGUGCUGACCAGGGACUUGAUGGAGCAGUGCAGUAACAUGCAGCCUAAACUCAUGCUGAGACGCACAGAGUCCGUGGUAGAGAAACUCCUCACAAACUGGAUGUCCGUCUGCCUUUCUGGUUUCCUGCGGGAGACUGUUGGGGAGCCAUUCUAUUUGCUGGUGACCACUCUGAACCAGAAAAUAAACAAGGGCCCCGUCGACGUGAUCACUUGCAAAGCGCUGUACACCCUUAAUGAGGACUGGCUGCUGUGGCAGGUGCCAGAAUUCAGUACUGUGGCAUUAACUGUCACCUUUGAAAAAAUCCCAGAAAAUGAGAGUGCAGAUGUCUGUCGGAACAUAUCAGUCAAUGUUCUUGAUUGCGAUACCAUAGGUCAAGCCAAAGAAAAGAUUUUCCAAGCAUUCCUAAGCAAAAAUGGCUCUCCUUAUGGACUUCAGCUGAAUGAAAUAGGACUUGAGCUUCAAGUGGGCACACGACACAAAGAACUUCUGGAUAUUGACAGCUCCUCUGUGAUUCUUGAAGACGGAAUCACCAAGCUCAAUACCAUUGGCCACUACGAGAUAUCAAAUGGAUCCACUAUAAAAGUCUUUAAGAAGAUAGCAAAUUUCACUUCAGAUGUGGAAUACACAGAAGAUCACUGCCACUUGAUUUUACCAGAUUCGGAAGCAUUCCAAGAUGUGCAGGGAAAGAGACAUCGAGGGAAGCACAAGUUCAAAGUAAAAGAAAUGUAUCUGACAAAGCUGCUGUCGACCAAGGUGGCAAUUCACUCUGUACUUGAAAAACUUUUUAGAAGCAUCUGGAGUUUACCCAACAGCAGAGCCCCGUUUGCUAUAAAAUACUUUUUUGACUUUUUGGAUGCCCAGGCUGAAAACAAAAAAAUCACAGAUCCUGACGUUGUACAUAUUUGGAAAACAAACAGCCUUCCUCUUCGCUUCUGGGUAAACAUCCUGAAGAACCCUCAGUUUGUCUUUGACAUUAAGAAGACACCACACAUAGAUGGCUGUCUGUCAGUGAUCGCCCAGGCAUUCAUGGACGCGUUUUCCCUCACAGAGCAGCAACUUGGGAAGGAAGCACCAACUAAUAAACUUCUCUAUGCCAAGGAUAUCCCAACCUACAAAGAGGAAGUAAAGUCUUAUUACAAAGCAAUCAGGGAUUUGCCUCCAUUGUCAUCUUCAGAGAUGGAAGAAUUCUUAACUCAGGAAUCUAAGAAACAUGAAAAUGAAUUUAAUGAAGAAGUGGCCUUGACAGAAAUCUACAAAUACAUCAUAAAAUAUUUUGAUGAGAUUCUAAAUAAACUAGAAAGAGAACGAGGGCUGGAAGAAGCUCAGAAACAACUCUUGCAUGUAAAAGUCUUAUUUGAGGAAAAGAAGAAAUGCAAGUGGAUGUAAGCACUCUUGGGCCUGGCUUAAUCUGGUAAAGUUCUUCAGAUGACUUGGGAGCAAAAUGGCUGCUUGAGCUACUCUGUGUUGUGAGUUUAAGUUUGCACAUAGGUUCCACUUUGAGCACUGUCUUUUUUUAAGAGACCAAGGCACACGCACAGCUUUUAGAAAGCCUAUCAACCACUGUGCCUGUGUGUGUACUGUGGGAACCCUUCUGUAAAUAGAGCUGAAGUGGUUGUUUCAAACAGCCUCCUUGUUUACAGAGAAUAUAGGGCCAGUAAGCAAGGGUCAGUAUUGUUUAACUACACUCUCCACUUAAGCACAAUGAUAUAAGUGGUUUUGUUUGAAAACUACAGCUAUGUAGCACUUGUAACUACACUGCACCUCUGCAGACAAGGGACAUUGCUAAUGAUCAAAACAAACUGUGAAAUGAGUCAUCUGGAAACAAGGUUGGGUGUGCGGGCACCCUCGGGGAUCUGCAGCAUUGAGACUUUUCCCCAGUAGUUCCUGGAAAAGCUGACCGCAGAAUUUGGUAGUGUGUACACUUAGCAUUUGUGAGUGUGUGUGUGUGUGUGUGUGUUUUUAAACCAAAAACUAACGGUGUUGCAACAUUGUUGAAAGGGCUCGUGUUUUUCAGUGGUCGCCGACUGUACUCCAUCAAACUCACCUCCAUUUCACUAGAGAGCUCUAAAGCAAGGAGAGGGAGUAGGCUUCGUGACAGCAUCUUACCCAAACACUUUAAAGUACCUAUCUUUUCUUCAUUUUAUUUUUCCAUAUUAAAUGUAUUCAAUAGUAGACGUGUAGGCUAUUGUAAAAAAAAAAAAAAAUCACUUGUUUCGAAGAACUUCAAUCAGAACUGUCUAUGGAAGAGUAACUCCGUCCCCUAAUCCUACACUUCUGUACUACUAUCUCCUUGCUUUAGACUUCUGGUGAACCCUGUGGUUAUAAAUACUUGUGUGUGAUUUUAAAAAAUACAUUUUACAUUUCAUGAAAUUGCUGUUCACACUGGAGUAUUAUAUAUGAAUAUAUAUAUAUAUUUGAGGCCCAUGGCCUGAAAAAUAUUAGUAUACAACUUGGUAUCUUAGUCUUACUAUGUACUUUUUGAAAGUAUUCCUCACAAGAGAAAGAGUUAAGAAUACCUGUUUUAUUCAUGCCUUUUUUAAAAAAAAGAAUUCCCUAUCUAGUUAUACUGUAGUCUUUUUAUUGCUGAUUUUUUAUUCCUGAAUUUUUGCUGCUCAUGACCAAUUUUAAUACCACUGUGUUUUCCUUCUAUUAAACCAGAAGUAAAAAGUUUAAUUGGCAACUCUUAAACUUUCUUUGCAGCACCUUUACCCUUGGUGCUCCAAAUCCCAGACUGAGGAAAGGAAAAUUUUCAAGUAGCAAAUAAAACAUUGAUCAUACAUUCCUUAAAAUCACUUACCAACAACAAUCGAUGAGAUAGCAGGAUUUAAAAGUACAUUUGUCUUAAAUGAAUGCAGUUCUUUUUGCUUCUCACUAUCUGGUAAAGAGUGAGCAAUGACAUCUCAACAAACUGAUCAGAGAAUAUAAGCAUUUAUUGCCCUAUAGGCGCCUUCCCAAUCCUGUCACUUCUGGCCACUGUCUUUCCAAUGGACACACCUCAAAAAUCCUACCACAGAGGUUCUUUAUAAGAAAGGUCUCGUCCCCAUCUAAGGCUGCUGCAGUCUUGAUGUGAAGGCAUUCAUAGGAGAACAGCAGGAGAGUUGAGACCCAAGGGUAGGAGAGUUGCCCAAAAGACUUCCCCUCUUUAGGGUACAGAAAUGCUAAGAUAUCUCGAAGGAUCAGCUACAGCUUUAUCUCAGUAUUAGUAAAUGCUACAUGAGGGUGUCCCUGUCCGGCUCUCUGGCACAUGAAUCCUGUGUGGAGACUUCCCUCCUUUUCCAGGGACUGUGCUGCUGGGGACUUUGGGCAAGUCACUUCCCUCUUUGUGCCUCAAUUUCUGUAUAAUAUUUCUAGCCUACCUCACUGAGGUGGUGAAGAUUCACUAAUGUGUGUAGCGUGUCUGUCAAUCCUCCAGUGAAAAGCACUGUCUAGAUUACAUUUUGGAUCACGUUAGCCAAACGCAGUACAUGGCCAAAUUAGAUGUGUGCUGGAGACAAUCAGUCACUGGGUCUAUAUUAAACAGCAACCAGAGAAAUAAAUGGCAAACAAUUUCUAUUUUCAAGUUUCUUUGCAUAUUUUUUUGGUGCAAAACCAUUUAUAAACUUUUCUUUUUUCUAACACUAGUGUCUACAGCAGCAUUUAAAAACUAAUUCUGUUACUUUUUUCUGUAUUAGGGAUUUAAAGUCUAUUUCUUAUUGUAUACCUGAUUGAAGCAGUUCUUGGAGAUGAAUGUUUUAAAUGUCUAUAUCCAAAAAUAAACAUUUUGAUGUAAA